AUGAAUGAAAUCGCAAAAGCUGAUCCGGAUUUACUUGACGUUACAGUCCGUCGUUUUAUAACGCACAAUAAGAUUAAUGAAACUUCCAAAAACAUUAUACAAUUACGUGAGCUCUUUACGGAAGAAUUAAUCAGGGUUUCUGUCAACAUACCAGGAUAUAGUGAUGAAGAUGAAGAAUGGGAAAGUUCGCUUAAUCAAGCAGAUGAAACAUUUCUACCCUCACCUUCAUCACCUUCGUUAUCGUUAUCAAGAGCUUCAUCUACUUUUGAAGAUCCUUGGAUUACGCAAAAUCAUUCUACAACAAAGAUGCCGGAAGAAUUUGAACAUUACGUUGAAGGAAUUCCAUUUUUGGAUAGACAUGAAAUCAUUCGAAUUUUAAAACCUUUUGGGCCAAUUGAACCCUCAUAUAGUCUUUGGAAUAAGAUUCAAGUUAGAUCCGGUGUAGAAAUUCAUAAAGUUUUACGUGAAGCUUGCAGGGAUUACCUUUCAAAGCUUUCAAAUGUGAACAUUUAUCUUGAAAUGGCAAAAUUAAUUAGUCAAAGUCUCGCUAAUAUUUGGACUUUGAGCUUAAAAGAAUUUCCAUCAAUUGGACCUAGACUUCACGUUUUAUAUUCAGGGAAUGUGACACUCAAUGGGAAUAAGUUAUGUUUAACAUUAAAUCCACCAAAAGUUGGUGUCUCCAAAAGGUAUUAUAGAUUAUUGUCAUCCGAAAGAUUCUUUCAUUUGAAGAUUAAUGACAUCGAAAACUUGAGUGAUGAGCAAAAAUCAAGUUUGAAACACCUCUUGUUAUUUCCUCUAUCAUUAGCAGGAAGAGUGUAUGAAUUUUUAUAUGCUAAAUCUGAUACUUUGUAUUAUUUUGCAACGAGCGGGUCGGACCUUCCUGACCUUUCGAUUUGGCAAGUGAUUAAUUGUAACUUACCAAUGGAGCUUAACAAAAACAUGACGGUGACAAAGUUCUAUUCUCGGAUAUCCUUAGGAUUUUCCAAUACUACUGCGUCAAUUAUCUUUGAACCAAAAGAAAUUCGUUAUGUUGAAGAUAUUAUAAUCGAUGGUCAUUGUUUCACAGAUGGUUGCGCUGCAAUAUCUUUGGCCGCUAUGAAGGAAGUUGGUGAAAUUUUGGGAUGUCAAGAAACCCCUUCCGCAAUUCAAGGAAGAAUCGGAGGUGCAAAAGGUGUUUGGUACAUUGAUCCUCGCAAGAACUUUAUUAAAGAUAAGUGGAUCGAGAUACGUGAAUCUCAAAUGAAGUACAAACAUCAUUUAGAUCAUGAGUUCGAUCAUUUACGAACUUUAGAGGUUUGUCAUGUUGCUAGUUCGCCAAUAACACCUGGUACUUUAAACAGUCAAUUCAUUAGAGUUUUAUAUCAUGGUGGUGUUCCCGUUGAGGUUUUCCUUACGAAAAUGAAAGAUUACGUUGACAGAAUUAAAUCCGAUGUUAUCGGUUGCGAUGAUCCACGUACAUUAAUUUCAUGGGUGACUGAUAACUCCUGUAUCAUGAAAAAGAGACUGGAGGUUUCGAACGGUUAUUUCAAGGAAGUGUUUUCAGACGAUGAUGAUUUCAUGUUUGGAUCUGAUGUAUACUCUAUGUCAGGAUUUCCGGAUAGUCCAUCUGAACAAUGCAUACAAAUGUUACAAGCAGGAUUCACCCCUUCGACAUGCCCUUUUUUAGCAAAAAAAUUAAAAUCCGUGCUUACCUCAAAAUUAAAGUCACUCUCCACCAAAUAUCGAAUAGACAUCCCUUUGUCUCGUGUCUUAAUGUGUAUCGCUGAUCCAACGAAAACUUUGAAUCCGGGUGAAGUUUUUAUUCAAUUAGACAGCGAUGCAGGACGUGAUAAAUCCACCGGAUUGCCAUUUGGAAUUAUUGAAGAUGAAGUAAUCUUGGCUAGGAAUCCAUCUUGCUUACCUUCUGAUCUUGUUAGAGUCAAAGCAGUCAAAAAUAUGCACCUGUGUAAUUACUUUAACGUAGUGAUAUUUCCUGUAAACGUUGCUUCAAAGGGUGACUUUUCAUUAGCAAGCUAUAUAAGUGGAGGAGAUUAUGAUGGUGAUAAGAUUUUCUGCUGUUGGGAUCCUCAAAUCGUCAAACAUUAUAAAAAUUCUCCACUUUUACCGCUCGAUCCGAGAGUUAAAAGUGCUUUUGACGAAAGCAAUCAAACAAUCGAUGAACUUACAUCUACAAAGUCGAGUCAAAUCGAAUUCAAAUUACAGGGAAUUAUCUUAGACAAUUAUCUCAAAGACUUGGAAAUGCCACGUGGUCUAUAUGAUUAUUGGCAUAGACUUCAAUCCUCCGAAUACGGAAUUUCUAAUGAGCAUUCAAUUUACCUCGCUCAAAUGUGCGCACAACUUCUCGAUGCUACUAAACAAGGUCUCACUCUUAAACAAAGUGUUCAACAAAGAGAUAGUGAGAUGUUUAAAAAAAUUCACAUUCCUCAUUGGAUGGGAAGUAAAAAUCGAUCUCAAGCGAAACGACAAGAAAGCAAUGGAAAUAACUUUGGAGUUCGAGAUGUAAUGGAUGUUUUAUGCGUUUCAAUUGAAAAUGAGAUGAGUUUAGUAAAUAAUAAGGGAUUCACGGUAAUAGAAAUUAAAUCAGAGCCAGAUGCACAUAUAUACAAUUUCUGGUAUAAUGAAUUAAUUCGUGCUAGACAAAUGGAAGACGAUUUAUACCUAGAGGAUCUAAAUUCGAUUUCAAUGUAUGCGUUACAAGUAGUACAGCAUUACAACAGAAAGUACGCUAGAACCUUUGAAGAUCGGGAUCGGAAAGAAAGCGAACAACCGUCAACAUCAAAGAAUCAAUUAAAUAUUAAUCCAAAUGCAUCUAAUUUGAGUGAAGAGUUUAGAAGCAUAGAUCAUGAAUGCUUAACAAAAUUUUUAAAUACACCGCCGGUUGAGAAAUAUAAGAGCGAUAUUUUUAAAUUUUUGAAAAGUAGACGAUCUGAUGUUGUCGAAAGUGAAGUUGAUCCACUAUCCAUAUUCGAGUUACAAUUGAAAGCUGCCUCUUUAUACCUUUCAUCUGUAAAUAAAAAACCAGAUGGGCAAGUUAGUUGGGUCAUUGCAUUUCGUGUCUUAUGCAACAUCAAAUCACAAAUGUUAGAAAAUGAAAAACAUUUGUUUGUCGGAGGACCAAGAUCGAUAAUUGAUGGCGUUUGGCAAGCGUUGAGAAUUGAUAAAAAGUGGUUGAAAUAUAAGGAUAAUGAAUCCAACUAA